CCUGAACCAUCUUCAAGAACAGAUUUUCUCUCUCUUAAUUUAAAGCUAUAAUAUGAAGAUGAAGAAGAACUAUGCUAUGGCUGGUGUCGGAUUAGGAAUUGUGGCGGCGCUGGAUAAUUCCGGCGAGAUUCCGGCGACAAAAAAGGGUCUGUUUUUGCAAAACAUAUGGAGAUCUGACCCAAUUCCAGUUAAGAAAAUUGAUUCUAAUUCUUCAUCGGAUGAGUUUAUGACUUACGUUACUCGUCGUGAAGGGCCAAACAAGAAAGUAUUAAUUUACUGUGAUGGGAUUGAAGAGAAGAAUGGAAGACUUGAGAAAUCAGUAAAGAAAUCAAGCAUAUUUGAUAUAUCUCCGGCGAGAUAUUCUCCGACGAAGUAUACACCGUCGUCUGAUUUCUUAAUUUCGUGUGAUCUUUGUAAGAAGAAACUUGAUGGAAAAGAUAUUUACAUUUACAGGGGAGAGAAAGGGUUUUGUAGUUCAGAGUGUAGAUACAGUCAGAUUCUGAUGGAGGAGAAGAAGAAGAAAGAAAAACAUUAUUCAUCAUCAUCAUUGUCUUUAUCAUCUGGGUUCUCUAAUGGAGGUCAAAUCAUUUUAUCUCCAGAAAUUUUGGCUUCUUAACUAUGGAUUAUAGAUUAUUUUUAGUCCAGAUCAAGAAAUUCUUUAUUGUUUCUGGAUAUUUUUGCUUUUAACGGCGGAGAGAUUGAGUGAGUUCUAUGGAUUUAUAACUGGAAUUUGAAUGCUUGAUUGAGGCCUUAUAAUUAUGUAUUUUGGUGAUGAUUCAGGACUUUGAUUUAGGAAAAUAAAUGAAGUCUGUAAUAAUUUGGGA